GUCCCAGCACUGAUCCAUCUCCCCCCUUCCUUUCUAGUCUCACUCUUAACCUUCUGGAACCCGCCCACCACUGCCCAAGUCACUGUGGAAUCAGUGCCGCCCAAUGCUGCCGAAGGGAAGGACGUUCUCCUGCGAGCCCACAGUCUGCCUGGGGAUCUUCUAGGCUGUCACUGGUUCAGGGGGGAAAGCGUGGCACCCACUGAUCGUAUUCUAUCAUAUGUAGUAGACACACAAGUAACUACCCCAGGGCCUGCACACAGCGGCAGAGAGACAAUAUACCCCAAUGGAUCCCUGCUGUUCCAGAGAGUCACCCUGAACGACACAGGAAACUACACCCUACAAAUCGUGAGGACAAAUGCUCAAGUGGAACAAGGAACAGGACAAAUCCGCGUAUUCCCGGAGUUACCCAAACCCAACAUCAAAAGCAACAACUCCCACCCCGUGGAGAAUGCGGAUUCUGUAGUUUUAACGUGUGAACCUCAGACUCAGAGCACAAGCUACCUGUGGUCAGUAAACAGGAAGAGCCUCCCGGCCAGCACCAGGCUGGAGCUGUCCCUGGACAACAGGACUCUCACUAUACACCGUGUCACAAGGAAUGACACAGGACCCUAUGAGUGUGAGACUCGGAACCCAGACUCCCUGCGCAGCCCCACCCACCCAUUCCUAUCUACCUGGAAUUACGACACCCCAACACGAACAUUUAUGGCCAGAUCAACCACAAAGCAGAAAUGGCUUCUUAGUUUCCCCUGGGAACUGCUCCUUCCAGGGGCCCUCCUCUACCAGAGGAGACUCUAGGUGGAGUCAGGAGCCGCAGCCUGAGCCAGAGGACUGGCUCUAAACCCUGAGAAUAUUUGGGAACAUGAAUCAGGGUGAGGUCCCUCCUGAUUUCUGGAGACCCCCACAGUCUGCCCUGAACCCAAGACAAAGGCCCCCAUCUCCCAGGAAGUGGGGGUUCCCAAUUGAAGUGUCCUGACCCUGACCCACCGGAAAUGAUCUGAGAGGACCUGAAUAAAGAGAACUCAUCCCCUCCUUG